UACGGGAGGGUGGCUGCGGGCAGCCACCACCGCCACUGUACAUUGCACAAUUCCCUAUACUGUAAGACUGGGUAAAUAUUGACGUGUGACUUUGCACUUUGCAUUCGCCACUUGCGGAGCUUCCUUCUCCUUUCGAGACGUGCAUGCAGAGCCCAAGAUGAAGGUUGAGUUUGCUCCGCUCUCUGUGCCACUGCAGAGAAGGCUUCAGACGGCAUCGGUGGUUCAAUGGGUCUUCAGCUUCCUAGCUCUAGCACAGUGCUGCACAGUUGCCUUCAUCGCCCUCUUCUUCACACGUUUUUGGCUGGUCAGUGCCCUCUAUGCUGCAUGGUGGUUCAUAGACAGGGAAAAACCCAGCAAGGGUGGGAGGCGGAUCCACUCCAUCCGGAACAGCAUCGUCUGGAGGUACAUGAGGGACUAUUUCCCCAUCACGCUGGUGAAGACAGCGGAGCUGGACCCCAGGCAGAACUACCUGAUGGGAUUUCAUCCCCACGGGGUGCUGGCAGCAGGAGCCUUUCUCAAUUUCUGCACAGAGGCAUCGGGCUUUUCCACUCUCUUCCCGGGCAUCACCCCACACCUGAUGAUGCUCUCCCUGUGGUUUCGCAUCCCAUUCUUCAGGGACUACCUGAUGAGCGGAGGCCUUGUCUCCUCCGACAAGGAGAGUGCAUCCCACGUGCUACAGAAGCCGGAGGGUGGGAACAUGCUGGCCAUCAUUGUUGGUGGAGCGCAGGAGGCGCUGGAUGCCCGGCCAGGAUCCUGCACCUUGCUGCUGAAGAAUAGGAAGGGAUUCGUCCGCCUGGCCAUCGAGCAUGGCACCCCACUGGUCCCCGUCUUUUCCUUUGGGGAGAAUGACCUCUUCGAGCAGGUGAGAAACCCCAAGGGCUCCUGGCUGCGGCAGCUCCAGCACCGGCUCCAGCAGAUCAUGGGCAUCUCCCUUCCCCUCUUCCAUGCACGAGGCAUCUUCCAGUACAGCUUUGGGCUGGUACCUUACCGGCGGCCCGUCUCCACCGUGGUUGGGAAGCCAAUUCCAGUGCCAAGGAAGCAUAGACCCUCCGAGGAAGAGGUUGAUCAAGUCCAUCAGAAAUACCUAAAUGAAUUGUGCAAGCUCUUUGAGGAGCACAAAGCUAAAUAUAACAUCCCAGAAGACAGACACCUGGAAUUUAUUUAGAGCUCCUCAAGCAAGGGGAAACCAUGGGGAUCAUGCUCAAGUUUUCCCCUAUCUCUGGAACUAUUUCACAACCUCAACUUAGUCAUAGUUAACAUAUGGUCCGUACAGUGUAGGGAGAAGGACUUGAUUUUCCCAGCACUUGCAUGGGUAUAGGGACAGAGUUUUCAUUUUUUUGUCCCUGUAGGACACAUCAUAAAAGAUAUAGAGAAGCAGGAAAAAGAAAAUCCCAUCUGUGGUCAGCACUAUUGAAACUCUCCAGCAGAAAACUCACAGUUCCAGGAUGCCUCGUAGGCCAGUUUUUCAAGAUAUUUCCAGGCAGAUAUGAAUUAUUGAAAGUUUUCUUUGCAUUGUUUUCAUUUGGAAAUGGGAUGAUGAGCCAUAAUUUUUGCUGCAUGCAUAUGUUUUUUAAAAUAUAAUUUGUCUAGAUCAACAAAUGAUCAUUGUUUGCCUGAUGCUCUUCAUGUCUUUAAUUGCUCUGGGUUCUUUUCUCGCCACCUGAAACACAGUUUAUCAGAAAGCUCAUAACUCCCAGCAUGGUGCUGGGCACCCUCGGCAGCAACACAAUGCCAUAUCCCACUAGGGCAAAAGAAAUAAAACAUUUAUAAAGGGCAAGGGCUCAUCCAGAGGGUUCAACCAACCUGGGCUCCAGGAGUCCUGCUUAUAAUUUUAUUAAUUUAACCCCAGAUGCCCCCGCACGGCAACACCUUGGACUAGUCACCAGCUAGGGCAGCACUGUCACUGUGCAUUUCAUUUUACAAAUGAGGCCAUUUUGUAAGGAAAGUGCACGGCCAGGAGAUGGGAGAAGGGAGAAGUGAUUUGGGACAGGAAAUAUAGCUCAUAAAGCCAUGUUUGGCAGGUGAUCAAGGCUUUAAAUAGCUGCUGCUUCUUGAUAUCCAGAACUUUAUUAAACUCUGCACUUAAUGGGAUUUCGCUACGUGGAAGUUUUAGGUGGCAGGAAGCCAUCUGCUCAGAUCAGCUUUACAUUGUGCCUAUAGAGCCCUUAUACCACCACCACCUUCUCUCGCUCCAUUCAUUUCUCUUUCUCUUCCCCAUGUCCCAUUCCACUAAAAAAUCCACCAAAAAUCCUGCAGAGCACAUGCACUUCAUUGCACCCGGGAUUUUUGCUACUGUAGCUGCAAGAAUUGCAUUUAACAAGGAAAACACACAGAACUGUUUAUCAUCUCACAAUACCAGGGCCAUCACUGUGUUUUGUUUUCUUUUCCCUUUCCUCCUGCCCUGAUCAAAUUACUCCACCGGACUCUUAAUCUGAAUGACCAGCUGCAAAUCCCUCCUAUUCCCAGAAAACAAGCAGCAACAGGGAAGAAUUUGAUGGAGCUCUUAUCGACAUUUCUAAACACUCCUGUAAUCCCACACUUAAUCCAGUCAAAUAAAGCAGGUGACCUGCUAUGA